AGUGAGCAUAAUCAGCAAGAUGAUAAGGAAAAAGACACCGAUAAGGAAAAAGACACUGAUUACGAAUACAACAAGCAACUUUGUAAGUGUUCGACAAUCACACGGGGAGAAGCUUUAAUGAUGACACUUGCAUUAGGAGCUGAAGAAUCCCUUACAUGGAAGACUAUUAUUGCUAUUUUAUCAAUGAUUAAUACAUUAUUCCAAAGUGACGUGGUCCCUGCUUCAAAAUAUAAAUUAUUUAAGACAUUAAAACUAAAUGAGGAUAUUCUUGUAUAUCAUAUAUACUGCAAAGAAUGUAAUUAUUAUUUUGGAGCUCAGAAAGAAUUGAACAAAGAUGAAUUCCAGUGUAAAAUUUGUGACAAAAAUGUGAAAUCGUCAGAUAUUGCUUAUUUUUUAACAUUUGAUAUCUCUCUACAACUAAAAUCAAUUUUGGAAGAUCCAGAAGUUCAACAAUUUUUAAUGGAAAAUCGUCAAGAUAAAAGAGAUGAUUGUAGCAAUAGUGAUCUUCAAAAUAUGAGGGAUGGAAAAAUUUAUAAGAAAUUAUCUACGAUAAAUAACCCUCUUUCAGAUGAAUAUAAUUUUUCAUACACUUUUAACACUGACGGUUGUCAACCAUCGAAAUCAAGCAAGCUUUCUAUCUGGCCCAUAUAUGCUCGUAUCAAUGAGUUCUCUUCGAAACUUCAAUCUAAGCAUAUGAUUAUGACAGGCUUAUGGAUUGAUGAAAAAGAACCCGACAUGCUCCUUUUUUGAAACCAUUCGUUGAUGAAGCCAAUAAAUUAUCGGACAAAGGUGUACAAUGGAAACUACAACAACAAACAAUUACCAGCAAGUUCAUUCCCAUAUGUGCCGUAGUAGACUCAGUUGCAAGAUGUAAAAUUUUAAAUAUGAAGCAAUACAAUGGUUCUUACGGAUGUACAUUCUGUGAACAUCGGACGGAACGCAUCAAUAAUAGCCAAAAAUAUACCGUAUCAAUGAUUGUUCCAAGACAACGAACAGACGAAUUAAUUAAAGAACAAAUGCUACUUGCUGGCGGUAAUAAAUA